GAAAUUUUGUUUUGUGAGAAAAUGCCAAUAGAUUAUAACACAUUCAGAUUUGUAAACAACAAGAAAUUAGAUAAAUUCUAACACACAAAAAGAAAAGAAAAAAGCGACGGCAAUAGUAUUCAAAUGAAAUGACCUCAGAUACAGCAGCAGCACCGAAUACAAAUGAAAUGACAAAAUGCUGUAACACCUCAGAUUGCGGCUAUAUUGCGGAGUUGAAAUCAUUCAUACGUGAUGUCACAAAAGAUGCUGUGGCGAAUGGCGAAACAGGAGGAGGCGCUGGUACAGGUAACGCAGCGGCAAGUAAUGUAGCUGGAAACGGUAUUGGCGAGCUGCGUACACGAAACAACAAUGAAACUUAUCUGGUGAAUGAAGCUGAUGAGCUACAGGCGGAGGUUGCCAUAUAUGUUUGGCAAAAGUUGUGUAGCUGUCCGGAACACUUUCGCAUUGGCUUGAGUCAAUUGGUAAAGAAAGAAAUUCUAUGUGAAUUGAAUAAUACCAAAGUAAGAGAGGAUCUGAUGGAAACCGGCAAACAACAGAAUUCUGCAGAUACAGAAGCUAGAAUAAAAUAUUUUGAUUUGUUAAAGUUACAGAAAUUCAUAGGACAACAUUUGGAUAAAGUACUUAUACGCUUAUCCGAUAACUCCAAGGAAGAUGAUUUAAAAACAUAUGCCGAUUGCCAGGAUUUCAAGAGGAAAUCCACCAAUUUACAGAUUCCACAAUGCGCUGCAAUGCAAAUAAAAAAUAAACCCCGAAAAAUGGAAGAUAGACAUGUGUGUUUGCCAAGGUUUGGUGAAUUAUACGAACUGGAAAAUCCCUACAGCUUCUUUGGCGUGUUCGAUGGUCAUUCGGGUGCAUUGGCGGCAACAUAUGCUGCCAACCAAAUGCCGUUUUUAGUGGCAAAGCAUUUGAAGGAAAUGAAAACUGGUACAGUCUGCCAAACAGAAACCGAUCUCUAUCGGGAUGUACUUGAGGCUAGUUUCUUAAAGGCAGAUUCGAAUUUUGCUCAAAAGUCUUUGGGAAGUGGUACCACAGCUGUUUGUGCCCUAUUGAAAUACAAUAAUAGUAACUUGUCGCCAAAUCACUUGUAUGUUGCUUGGGUAGGUGAUUCCCGUUGUUUGCUUGUGUCACCCACAGUAUCGCUGCAGUUAGUAAAGCCGCAUAAGCCAGAUUCAAUGGAUGAACGGAAACGCAUAGAAUCCAUUGAGACCGGGGGUGCUGUAGUCUUUGUGCAUGGCCAGUGGCGGGUAAAUGGAAUUAUUAAUGUUUCGCGCUCAAUUGGCGAUCAUUCGGUUAAGGCGGUUAUAGCAGAGCCAGAUAUUGUAGAAGUGCCACUACAGUCCUCGCAUGAUUUUUUGAUACUGGGAUCAGAUGGUCUGUGGGACCAUGUUGCCGAAACGGAUAUUGUUAAAUGUACAUACAAAUCUUUGGCCGAUAAACAACAGCAAUUGGAAGAUAUUCCCAAGCAAUUGAUAGAAUUGGCUAAAAAAGGUGACUCGCAAGAUAAUAUCACUGUGAUGUUGGUUUUAUUAAAAGAUCGCUCAAAUAUCGUAGAAAACUAUUUAAAAUCAGUGGAAAAGUCCACGUAAAUGUAUAUUUUUUAACCAAAAGCGAAAAGAAUAGAAACAUAAUGUAUAGAAAAUAUCUAUCACAAUCACUUCCAAUACCAAUUAGGGAAAAAUCCACACCUACACACAAAGCUAAGAAAACGCCACCCCAGUUUUGUUGUAUAUUAGUUUUUUGUGAAAAAUAAUUACUAUUUUACCCAUUGUUUUAUCUUGUAGUUUUUUGUGUAAUACAAUUGAAUAUGGUUACCGCGGACAAGCUUCCCUUGUACACAUAUUCGUUUCGUUGUAACCGCAUUCGAAUGUAGAUAUAAAUGCAAUAUUUAUUAGUAUUAUAAUGCUAUAUAAUACAUCAAUAGCGCCUUAGUUCUUUAAAAUGCCUGUUGUAUAAUUUGUACUCCAAUAUUUCCAUAAUUCAAAAAAAGGUUAACAAAAGAAAAAGCUUCAAUAACAAAUUAUUGUGCCUACAUAAAUAAGUUUACAACAAAAAAGCAACAAAUAUCCAAUAUAUACAACGACGACACCUAUCCAAUUUUUGUAACUAAUAAAAAAUAAA